AUGGGCCAGAGGAGCUGCAGGCGCCCCGAUAGUCUCGGCAGAGGCGGGGGGCGUAGGCACCCCGGGGACAUGACGGCUUCUCCCCGAGACCCCAAGGACCAGGAGCUCUCGGGAAUUGAGAACGGCGGGGCCAGGGUGCGGGAGCAGGGGAAGACGCGGGAUGAGGACAAGGAGGAGGAGGAGGAGAAAACUCCUUUCACACUGUCCGGGGACUCGCUGUCCCGGGGGGCGCAGAUACCACGGGCGGGGAGAACGAGCGGGGACAAGGACAGCACGGAGGGGGAGGAGGAUCCCGAGCUGUGUCCGCCCCCGCGGGGCAGGUCGAGCCGCACGGCGUCCCUGGUGAGCGGGCUGCUCACCGAGCUGUACAGCUGCCCGGAGGACGAUGGGGUGGGGGGCAGCUGGGGCCGGGGGCGUCGGGGGCGCCAGGACAGCGUGGACAGCUCCACCGAGGCCUCGGGAGGCUCCGACGCCUUCCUGGGCGGUCGUGUCCUGCAGGAGCUGCUGGAGAGGCAAAGCCAGAGGCACCAGAUCCAGUACCUGAGACAGAAAGAUAUCGGCGAACUGAAGGCAACCCUUCGAGAGCUGACAUACAGCAUCACUCUUCAGUCGGCAAAGUUGCUUCGUUACCUGAAGCAAAAAGAUCGGCUUCUGCACAAAGUGCAACAGAACUGUGACAUUGUGACGGCGUGCUUGCAGGCUGUAUCCCAGAAGAGAAGGGUUGACACGAAGUUGAAGUUCACUCUUGAGCCAUCUUUAGGUCAAAAUGGUUUUCAGCAGUGGUAUGAUGCUCUCAAGGCUGUAGCUAGACUUUCAACUGGGAUACCAAAGGAAUGGAGGAGAAAGGUUUGGUUGACCUUGGCAGACCACUACUUGCAUAGUAUAGCCAUUGAUUGGGAUAAAACCAUGCGAUUCACUUUCAAUGAAAGAAGUAACCCUGAUGACGAUUCCAUGGGAAUUCAGAUAGUAAAGGAUCUUCACCGAACAGGCUGUAGCUCUUACUGUGGCCAGGAGGCAGAGCAAGACAGAGUGGUGUUAAAGAGAGUUCUGCUGGCCUAUGCCAGAUGGAACAAGUCUGUUGGGUAUUGCCAAGGCUUCAAUAUCCUGGCUGCACUUAUCCUAGAAGUGAUGGAAGGCAAUGAAGGGGAUGCGCUGAAAAUCAUGAUUUACCUCAUUGACAAGGUACUUCCAGAAAGCUACUUUGUCAAUAAUCUCCGGGCAUUGUCUGUGGAUAUGGCAGUCUUCAGAGAUCUCUUGAGGAUGAAACUCCCUGAAUUAUCUCAGCACCUGGAUACUCUUCAGAAAACUUCAAACAAGGAAGGAGGAGGUGGAUAUGAGCCCCCACUUACAAAUGUCUUCACCAUGCAGUGGUUCCUAACCCUCUUCGCUACAUGCCUCCCUAAUCAUACAGUUUUAAAGAUCUGGGAUUCUGUCUUCUUCGAAGGUUCUGAAAUCAUACUGAGGGUAUCCCUGGCCAUCUGGGCGAAAUUAGGAGAACAGAUAGAAUGCUGUGAAACAGCUGAUGAAUUCUACAGCACCAUGGCAAGACUGACUCAGGAGAUGCUGGAGGACAAUCUAAUUGAAAGCAAUGAACUCAUGCAGACUGUUUAUUCCAUGGCCCAGUUCCCUUUUCCUCAGUUGGCAGAGCUAAGAGAGAAAUACACCUACAACAUUACUCCAUUCCCAGCCGCAGUCAAACCCACUUCGGUUUCUGGGCGGCUUGGCAGGAACCGAGACAGUGAUGAAGAGAAUGACCUAGACGACGAGGAUGCGAUCGUCAAUGCAGUUGGGUGUCUUGGGCCCUUCAGUGGAUUCCUGGCCCCGGAACUACAGAAGUAUCAAAAGCAAGUUAAAGAUCCAAAUGAAGAACAGAGUCUGGGCUCUAAUAACAUUGCUGAGCUAAGUCCAGGAGCAAUAGAUUCCUGUCGCAGUGAGUACCAUGCAGCCUUUAACAGCAUGAUGAUGGAGCGGAUGACAACAGAUAUCAAUGCCCUGAAGCGACAAUAUUCCAGAAUUAAAAAGAAGCAGCAGCAGCAGGUUCACCAGGUGUAUAUCCGGGCAGAUAAAGGGCUAGUGACCAGUCUCCUCCCAUCUCAGGUAAAUCAUUCUCCCGUUAUAAACCACCUUCUUUUGGGGAAGAAAAUGAAAACAACCAACAGAGCUGCUAAAAAUGCGGUCAUCCAUAUUCCUGGUCACACAGGAGGCAAACUGUCUCCCGUUCCCCACGAAGACCUUAAGACCAAGCUCAACUCUCCUUGGCGUACCCACAUCCGUGUUCACAGAAAGAACAUAAGCAGGACCAAGAGCCAGCUGGGCUGCGGGGACACCAUUGGGCUGAUUGAAGAGCAGAACGAAGGCUGUAAGACCACCAGCCUGGCAACAGCAGAGGAUCCGCCCCACGCCAGCGCAGGGAAGGCUGGGAAAGAUGGCAGCAGCUCUGAAGACAGCACAAGUAGGACAAUUGAUGGACAGUCUCCCGAGCCUGUGUUUAGAGAUGCCGAUGCAAAUGUGGCAGAGGUCCAUCUGAAGCUAGAAGCCUUGGAACUUAAUGAAAGGAGGGCCAUUGAAACAGAACCCAGGGCGAACCAGCAUGGACUUGAGCCCCAGAUACCCAUCAAGCCUACCCAAGCCAGCUAUCCAAAAGCACCCAUCUUUAGCCCCUUCCCCAGCGUCAAGCCGCUUCGCAAAUCAACCGCGGCCAGGAAUUUGGGACUAUAUGGCCCAACAGAAAGAACGCCAACUGUCCACUUCCCCCAGAUGAGCAGAAGCUUUAACAAAUCUUCUAGCGGCAACAGCGGUACUAAGAAGCGAUGACAUCCUAUUAGCACCGUAUAGUCUGGUCAGUCCUUUUUUAUAGUGUUGUGGGUGUUCAGUCUCACAAUCUCCAAAAGAGUUUUUAUUUUCCAGAUUAAAGAAAAAAGCAAAAGGAUGAGCAAAGAAGAAUGCCGAAACCAGCAUUUGAGAAUUGUGGUUCUCCCAACAGGAGUUAGAUAGGAGAGUUGCAAUGUGGGAUAGCAAGUGACCAUAUCCACCCAGGGAAUGAAGAGUAAAGAUUUUAUGGAACAGUAAACUUGUGCGGUUUUUGUGUCAAGUAUAUUUCUGCUUUUUUCAUCGUGAACUAUUUAAAAGGCUUAUCUUUCUCCAGACUGUUAACCCUUGCUCCUUCUUCCUAUGUCGUGGGCCUCUAGGGUCCCGGUGACCGCUCCCCAAAUCUCCAGUUUGUGUAUUUUAUCAGCAUUCACACACAGGUACACGUUUGCUUGCUGUGACAAGAACUGUGGAAUAUAAGAUUUCACAUCAGUUUCACCAGCUUCCUGAUUUUCCCCUGUGUGUAUGUAUGUAUGUGUGUGUGUGGGUGUAUAUAUGUGUGUGUGUGUACAUAUUUGUGUAUGAAGGCAUGUUUUUGCUAUGGUAGUUUAUUUUAGCUGGUAACAAAUUUCCAUUUUAUCCUUAUGCUAAAAGGCUGGGGAGGAAAUCGAGGAAGUCUUUCUGUAACUUUGUAUUUUUGCCUAGUUACCUACCUGAACACAAAACAGUUUCAUUUGUGGAAACCCAGUGUCUGGCUCACGAUGACACUCGUAACUUCUGAUGCACAGAACACAGCUGGGUCAUGUGUUAAUAGCAGUUGGAGUCUAUGCUUUCUUCCCACUGAACAAUUCCCAAGUUCGCUCCAUUUGAUUUGCUGUAAGUUCCUUCCAAAUUAUAGGUGUACUUUGGUAUUCAUGACUCAAUAGUUGGUGAUUUAGUUUGUUAAGACAUUCUUGGCAUGCUACAAGAGUGUACAGAAAACAUAAUGGACCUUGCACCCAUCUUCAAAAGCCAAGACAAACGUAGCUAUGGAUAAAUUAGUUAUUUGACACCCGGGCUCUUGUGGAGAGAACACUGUUUGUUACUGGAAUGUGGCCUUGUUUCAGAGGAGGGAGACCGUACUUCAUCUUUGCCUUGUUCAUUCGUCAUCAGGGCCCGCUGUAAUCAAGACUACCACCAUUAUUUCCACUUUACAGAUGGAAACUGAGCCCCACUCACACAAAGCAGAAUGCCAGUGAGUCAAGAUAAACACCCCCUGCUGAUCAUUUUGACUUAGACCUGUCUCCUUCAGUGAUAAGCAGGUACAGUGGCCGCAACAAUGUCAACACUGACACUGAAAGGCCAUUUGCCAGGACUGUGUAAGUGACUCCAGGGCCUGUGGGGUUGGUUUCUCCUGCCAAAUGGUGUAGAGUCCUACCACGGAGUGCCAGGGAACCAACUCAGAUUUUCUGAGCCUUAAAAGGGAGCUCAUUCUUCAUGCAGCUGUCUUCUGGCUGAACAAGAGGUUUCAUUUCCCCCUCAAGCCCUUAAAGGGAACAGAUUGAGCCUCUUUCAGCUUAGUCUGCAAAAACCAGGCGGAGGUUGUUUUAGAAAUGCAAGAAGCAUGAAUUCCAUUGCGCUUGUGUUGCUGAUGCCGAAACUAAAUUUUUAUAAUGGUCCUUUUAGGAUGAAAAGGAUGUGAUUUGUGUGUGGGUUAAGUGAAGAUUAAAAAUGAUGCAUACAAUGAAGGAAAGAGAACACUGUCAUUUUUUUCUUCCUCUUUUUUGCCCCUCUCCCAAGAAUUAAAAAUGGAAAAAUAUGACGAAUAAUUCAUCGCAGCUUUUAUCCUGAGUUUCAUGACAUCCAAAGGCAACGUUUCAGGAAAAAGAGUGGAAGCACACUUGGGAUAACCUCUCCUAUGUCCCAUCCCCUACCCCCCAAAGAGAUCACUUUUUCCCAAGUGAGAUUUUGGAAUUUUUCCUCCAUUAGUAAGAUUUUAAGAAUAAGAACGGUACCACCUAAACUUUUUUUGGGGUGGGGUGUGGCAAUGAAGGUUAAGUAACUUGCCCAGGGUCACACAGCUAGUCAAGUGUUUGAGGCCAGAUUUGAACUCAGGCCCUCCUGAAUCCAGAGCUGGUUCUUUAGCCACUGUACCACCUAGCGGCCCCAGUCUUCCUAGUUCUUAAGAAGGAAGCCCUCAUUUCAAUGCCUCAUUCACUGUAACAAUUCCUACGAAUCAAGACAACCCAGACUAUAAAAAAAAUUCAGGCCCAGGUAUUAAAAUUUUUUUUUUAGAGUUGACAGAUUCUUCUUAAAGAAGACUCUUGUACUAGCCAAACUCUCAUUCAACCCAAAAGGCAUUUAUUAAGGGCCUACGAUAUGCAAGGCUCUGUGAAAAGACUGGCCUAAAACUGUAUCCCAGGUAAUUAAAACUGUGAAUCAAUUAGAUUAGGCACCUUUUCCUGCUUUAUAGAAUAAAACAAGUCUGUGUAGAAUUAUAUAGUAUGUAGAAAGGCUCAUUCUUAGUCACUGUCACCUUUUUACCCACUGAGAGUGGUAUGCAGGUCCCAGGAGUAAUUAAAGGACUCUUUACUGCCAGCUUUAUUGAUACUGUAUUGUCAAACAUUUCCCUUGGGAGAGGAUACAUUUAGAUGUUUCUGUACCUCCUUCUUCCUCUUAUAUCGGUCUUUGAAAUACCUGAAUCUAAUUGUGCAUGUUCACAUCACAUUGCUUCCAACCUUCUUCCCCUUUUUAUGGAAAGCUAUAUGUAUCACAAAAGUGUGUGCACGAUCCUUCUCUCCAUGCCAUAUAGAUAGAUCGAUGCCCUUUCAUAAGUCUGAACAGACAGAGAGAAGCUCAUGUCCUUUCCUCCUAUUCACCCAGGCUCAGAAAGCACCGUAAGAAGCAGUUGCUUGCUUCCCUGGCCCAAAUAAAGCAUUGGACAAAUACGGGUCUCUGGUUUGCCCAUUGUCUUGUCAAGAGAUGGAUUCUAAUGGCAAUGUAAAGCACUUUCUUUUUAACUUGGGGAGCAGAGUUGGGGGGGGGGAAUCUUUAAGGGACAGGAUUUUGCAUUUAGCCCCAAUUAGGAUGGUGAUAGAAAGAUCUCAAUGAAGGGGGAGUAGCUGAACUAAACAUGAUUUGGAGUUGUGGGACACAGAGGAGCAUGGGAACUAGACUUUUCCUUUUGGGGUGUGUGUGUGUGUGUGUGUGUGUGUGUGUGUAAUUGAGAUGCUCCUUUUGAAAGUUUAUAUUAUAUUGAAUGCCUUCUGCAUGACAAGUAAUCCGGAUGAAAGUUGGAAUUGGCAGGUGGGUGAAUGGAAAGAAGGGAGGAGGGAAAAGAUAGAUUGAAUGUCAUUUUAGAAAUGAUCUGAAGUUUUCAUAGUGUACAAUCCACCUAUUUAAAGUCUGUGCUUUUUACUGUGCAUCUCACUGGGAUAUUUUGUGACUGAUAUUUUCUUGUCUUUUGUCAGGCCUUUGUGGAAAAAAAACUUUUUCCUGUUUAAAUAUUUAAAGAAUGAUUAUGAUGAAUAAAACUGUGAAUUUUUGAUUGUA